UUUCCAUUUCAUUUACACCUUUCUCCUCCCCAUCCUCCUCUUUCUCCCCGAAACCAAAUUCCUCUGGAUCUCGUCAGCUACUCAGCUCCCCCCAAUCUCAAUCUGCUGCCACCACCUUCCUGCAGCCGCAUCGGAAUCAAAUCAUGGCGGCGGACAAGCGGCCGCGGCCUUCCUCACCAUCUCCGCCGGCCACGGCCGCCGUAUCCAAGGUGCUCGACGACAGCGACCUCCUCCAUGAGAUCCUCCUCCGCCUCGACUUCCCCACCUGGCUCGUCCGCGCCGCGCUCGUCUGCAAGCGCUGGCUCAGCCACGUCUCCGACCCGGCCUUCCUCCGCCGCUUCCAGGAGCGCCACCCGCCCCGCCUCCUCGGCUUCUACCUCGAGAGCGCCUGCAAGGCGUUCCAGCAGUUCGUGCCGCUCCCUGAUCUGCCCCCCGAGCUCGCCGCCGUCGCCCGGACCGCCAGCUUCGACCUCACCGCGGAAUUCUACAUGCACACAUCGAUCGAGCACUGCCGGAACGGCGUCCUCCUCCUCCGCCACACGGGCUACGACAAAUUCAUAUACCAGGUGCGCAGCCCGCUGAACCUGGCGAGAGACGGAGCGGUCGUCGCGACCUGCUGCAAGUCAAUGGCGGACGAGGAACGCCAUUACGGGUAUAUGCUGCUCCCGAAUGACGGCGGCCACGGCAUGUCCGUCAACUUUGUGGGCAGCCAUCUGGAGCUCUUCGCUAAGGUACGAUCCUUUCAGGAUGGAGUCUGCCAUGAUCUGCGGACCUCAGCGUCUAUAGAGCUCCCUGCGCAUUGGAAAGUAUCCUUGCAUAACCGUAGUUUACUUCACAAUGGCAAGCUGUAUAUGCUGGGCACGACGGGGUACAUACUUGGGCUGGAAUUGGCUUCCACGAGAUUAUUCUUCAUUGAGCUUCCAGAUGCGAUUCGGUAUGAGCCCCCUGGGAGCCUUCAGCUGAGUCUUAAGAUGUCUCACCAGACAGUGAAUUCAGGGGUUUAUCUUCUCAAUUUGGAGGGGCUUAAGAUCAACGUUUGGCUCCGUUCCACAGAUGACAACAGCUCCUGGCUUCUAGUUGACACCAUUUGUUUACGUCAGGUGUUUGGUCAUCUUGUAAAGCCUAGUUGGGAGUCAGGGGCUUCACGGAUUAAUCUGGCUGGAUCCGGGGACAAUGCUGAAUUUGUGUUCUUAGAGGUGGAUGCCGAGAUCUUUUGCAUGUAUAUUCGGAGCAGGACAGUGGUAAAGGUGUAUGAGAUGGAAUAUAAGGACGAUCAACUGUUUCAGAUCUAUCCCUUCAUGAUGGUCUGGCCACCCAUCUUCCCAGCAUUGAUUCAAAGACGAGAUCAAGUGGAAAUUUCUGAAAGUUAACCUCCAGGUUCUGUGCAUAAUGACUAAUAAGGUCAGGGUAUGUGAUGUCCUCAUUUACAAUUGAUGAGAAAAAUGGUGUAUAAGCUGAAUCAUCAAUUUAAGCUUUUGGGUCAGCAUUCUUCUAGCUUUUUCUAAUGCAGUUAACUAUUCUGAUAUAGUUGUGCAUACAGUUUAGUCUGAAGUUCAUUUUGUCAGUACCGUAUCAAAAACUCAGCAUCUUUUCUCAAGCACAAGAAUUCUUGUAUAUGAUUCUUAAUGACUAUUUGCAAAUUCUUAUCCCAAUAUGAUCUCUAUGAUUGGUAAUAAAUGUGUAAUCAGAACCCCUAGCUUUACC